AUGUGGUUCAGGCUGAAUGAGAUUUUCCCUCCUAUGAUUCUCUUUAUAGUCUAUUUGCUAUCAUGUCAGGAUACAGUUGCAGAACACAAGAAGCUGAAAGGAUUGUCUUCCCAGAGAUCAAGAAGACAAGCUGGAGCUCUCUUACCAGUUGACUGUGAGCUGGGCCAGUGGUCAGGAUGGACUGAGUGUCUUCCUUGUCAAGAAAAAAAAUAUAGAUAUAGAGCUUUAUUACAUCCGGCCCAGUAUGAGGGAAGAAGUUGCACUGGUGAUCUUUGGGAGGAAGUACCGUGCCACCCAACAGGAACAUGUGCCCAGAGCCAAGAUUGUGGAAUGAAUUUUCGGUGCGAGGCAUCUGGCCGUUGCCUUAAAUCUGACCUUGUAUGCAAUGGAGAAGCAGAUUGUAGAGAUAAGUCUGAUGAGGCUGGUUGUGGGGAUGCUGAAAGAUUCUGUGAUGGUGAUCUACAUACAAUCCCAGGGGUCAGUGAAGCAGCUCGGGGGUACAAUAUACUUACAAAAGAAAGAGUGCAGCUAGUUUAUGAUCCUGCCUACUAUGGGGGCCAGUGUGAAUCGGUCUAUAAUGGGGAAUGGCGAAAGAUCAAAUACGAUGCUACAUGUGAACGUUUGUAUUAUGGAGAAGAUGAUAAAUAUUUCCGAAAGCCAUACAAUGUUCACUUCUAUCAGUUUCUAGCACAUGCUGAUUCUGGCUUUUCUUCUGAGUACUAUGCUGAUGCUACAGAGUUACUGAAUGCCCUGAAAAAGGAUUACUCUGAAGACGCAGGUUUUACAAUUGGCAUAGGCCCAGCCAUUGUGCCUGUCUCAUUGGACCUAGGUUUCAGUUUUAAACGGGGGGUAGGGACCCUGGAAAAUUGGACUCAGUAUGCUGCAAAGAAUGUAGGAUUUAUUCGAACACUUACUAAAAUACAAACAGCCCGUUUCAAGAUGAGAAGAGAUGAUAUAUUUCUGGAUGAAAAUAUGCUUCAGUUUCUGAUGGAUCUUCCAGAUGAAUACAACUACGGACUGUAUGCCAAGUUUAUAAACCUUUAUGGCACCCACUUCAUGACAUCCGGGACAAUGGGAGGCAUCUUUGAAUACAUCAUCAUUGUUGACAAAGAUGAAAUGAGGAGAGAAGAGGUUACAAGCAGCAUGGUAAGUGCCUGUACUGGUUUAUCAGUAGGCAUUUCAUUAACAUUUCCAUCAGAAAUCUUAACAGCUGGAUUCACGGUGCCCUAUGAAGAUUGCUCAAAAGACGGGAGUGCUUCUGAAACAAAGUCAGUUAUACUGGGUAUUAUUCCCCGGAUUCGUGGUGGAAACAAUGACUCAGUCAGCAGGCUCUUGGGAAGCUGGCAUGCCAAUGUAUAUCGUUACUGGGGGAGGUCAUUAAAACUUAAUCCCGCCAUUAUUGAUUUUGAGCUACAGCCCAUAUAUGAAAUACUGCAUAGGACCAAUCUUGCCCAUACUGAAACCAAAAGGCAAAAUUUGAAAAGGGCUUUGGGUGAAUACUUAACUGAGUUCAAUGCUUGCCGCUGUAGUCCUUGCCUUAACAAUGGUCAGCCAAUGCUGAUGAAGUCCUCCUGCAUUUGUGAGUGCCAACAAGGCUCUCAGAGUGCAGCAUGCGAGAACACGAGGUGGACAGGUCAUCCAGUACAUGGUAUGUGGACUUGCUGGUCACCAUGGACUCCUUGUCAAUCUCAGUCUCGAAGGCGAACCAGGCAGUGCACUAACCCUUCUCCUCAAAAUGGUGGAACAGCAUGUGCAGGCAGAAAUGAACUAACGGAGGCAUGCUAACAGCAUAGCAUGAGUGAAUUAGUAGGUUCUGCUGCCAAAGGGGAAAAAAUGUAUGUUUGUGUGAUGAUUCAUGCAGUUUCAUAUGUCUGAUAUGCUCCUAGGAAAUGCUCUAACAUAGUGAAAUAAAAAGUAAGAUUCUUGAGGACUAGCUGCACUGCGCAAAAGUAUCAGCAGCAAA